UUAGGAAGGAAGAAACGUAGCAGGAGGUGCAGAGAUCGAUGUCUGGAAAAGGGAAGAGGCGGAGCGCCAGAUUGCUCAAGCUCGAGGAGCAGAAGAACGACGACGACGACACCGCCGCAGCUGCCGCCGACUCCGGCCCGGCAGCCGUGUGCCUCCUGGAUCCCUGGCAGAUCAUCCGGAACAGCAUUACCGGCGCCACGCGAGGGAAGAGAAAAAGGAACGAUGAAAUCCAGAGGCUGCAGCAGGGAGAAGCUUCGUGUAGCCAAGCAGCAGAUGCGACCACCCGUACCGAGAAACACCUUGCGAACAAGGGCUUCACGGGGCAGAUCAUCGAGUACAUCCUCGACAUGCUGGAGCUGAGAGACAUGCACGAGUUGUUUGCAAUGCCAGAUGACAUCCAGAUAGUUGAUUACGCAGAACGGGUAAACAGGCCGGGUGACUUUGCGACGUUAAGGCAGAAGAACACGGAUGGCAUGUACAAGACACUAGAGCAGUUCGAGAACGACGUUUACAUGGUGUUCCAGAAAGCAAUGUCCAUAAACAGCCAGGACACCGUACCUUACAAAGAGGCGACGUCACUGCUGGAGCAAGCGAAGCAGGUGUUCGUGUCGCUGAAGAGCAACCAGAUGUACUCGGAGCCGGAGCUCCUGGCGUGGCGUCAGAAGCACCUGGACGCCGCCGGGCCGAGCAAGCCAGCGAGAGAACAAGGCGCCAACAACGACGACGUCCACGCUGCCGCCGCCGCUGCUGCUACGCCUGCACAGCAGCGGCCCAGCGUCACGCCGGCCAAGAAGAAGGCGGUGGUCGCCGAGAAGAGGCCGCAGGUCAUCAAAGCCGGCAACGCCUCCGCGGACAAGAGCAGAGCGAAGCCGAGAGCGCCCAGGGAGGGCAAGACCACGCCGGGAACGGGAAAGAGAGCAAGAAAAGCGCCGGCAACGGCGGAAGCUUCUGGUGGCGCCAGGGUGGCGAAGAGGAGGCUCACUUACGAUGAAGAAACUGAUCGAGGCAGGGGGACGACGACUCCGGCGACUCCGGCGAAGAUCCGAGAGCGGCAUGCCACCCUCCUUUAUCAUCCGCAGGUGCAGGGGCACACGUACCAGGACAGCCUUCGGCGCUUCGUGCGGCACGCGGGGCUCAAGGCGCGGGUGGCCGCCGAGUUCCGGAGCCUCGAGUGCGAGACGCGGGCCAGGCAGCACAGCCCCUCGACGCCACAAUCAUCGUCCUACUGGAGCGGCCUCAGCGGCGGCGGCGCCUUCUCUCCCGGCACCAGCGCGGGCGGCGGCUACUACCGCUCCUACUACCCGGGCCCGUCUUCCCCGGCGACGGCCGCGACGUCGUCCUCGGCAGGCGGCGCGCCGCAGCCGCCCGAGUGCAAGCUGGAGACGGACGGCCUGCUGAGGCUCGUCAUGCUCGUGGGAACCCCCGCCUUCUUGGAGAGAGCCAAGCAAGCGUUCGGUGAUCUCACGCGGCGCGAGGGGAGCUGCUCCAAGGAGGAGGAGGAGCAGCAGCAGCGCGCGGCGGCCGGGGCUGGGGACGAAGCGAAGGCGAUUGUCGCCGUGACGGCGGGUCCGGCGCAGAGGAGUACUGGCGGCGCGAGCGAUCAGGGGCCCGUGGAUUUCGGCCCGUUUGCUCCGCCCAAGUUGGUCCCCGGACGGCUGGGCUUCGGUCAGUUUGCGGGGACUUCUGGCCGGCCGUUCAAGUUGAAGCCGCCGCCGUCGAAGUUUCCUGGGAGGAAGAAACGUGAAUGAAGGAGGCAGCUCCAGCAGUCCAUUAUCACCGUUAAGUGGGGGAGAAGAAGCAGAGAAUAAUUGCCAUUGUCUGCUUGCUCUUCUUUCUAACCUGAAAUCUGCAGUGGUGGUGUGGUCACUGAUUGUCAAGCUUCCAUGUGAUCGAUUUGUUUCUUUUGUCAAGCUUAAAGUCAAGAUAGAACACCAUCACAGCCCUUGGACUUCAAAUAUACACGGGAGAUUUUCUCGUAGCUUAUAUCAUCACUGCUCAUUACAAGACCGACAUAAUUGACACGCCAUGCUGUUGUCCGGUUGAUACAGAUACAGUACCACUAGCAUGCUAGACUUGAUCUCUUCGUUUUGUUU